AGUGGCCAAGGCACUUUAGUCAGUGAGUAGUGUUCCAAAGCGUACACAUUUGCCUUAUUAUUUGAUUAUUUCUUCUUGCUCGUGGUUUUAAAACACAAAACACAAACAAAAUGUGUGACGAUGAGGUUGCUGCUUUGGUCGUUGAUAAUGGCUCCGGCAUGUGCAAGGCCGGUUUCGCCGGUGAUGAUGCGCCCCGUGCCGUCUUCCCCUCAAUUGUAGGUCGCCCACGUCAUCAAGGUGUGAUGGUUGGUAUGGGACAAAAGGACUCAUACGUCGGUGAUGAAGCUCAAUCCAAGAGAGGUAUCUUGACCCUCAAGUACCCCAUUGAACACGGUAUCAUCACCAACUGGGAUGAUAUGGAAAAGAUCUGGCAUCACACCUUCUACAAUGAAUUGCGUGUCGCCCCAGAGGAGCACCCAGUCUUGUUGACUGAAGCCCCAUUGAACCCAAAGGCUAACCGUGAGAAGAUGACCCAAAUCAUGUUUGAAACCUUCAACUCCCCAGCCAUGUAUGUCGCCAUCCAGGCUGUCCUCUCCCUGUACGCUUCCGGUCGUACCACAGGUAUCGUCUUGGAUUCUGGUGAUGGUGUUUCCCACACCGUACCAAUCUACGAAGGUUAUGCCUUGCCCCAUGCCAUCCUCCGUUUGGAUUUGGCUGGUCGCGAUUUGACCGACUACUUGAUGAAGAUCUUGACCGAACGUGGUUACUCUUUCACCACCACCGCUGAGCGUGAAAUUGUCCGUGACAUCAAGGAGAAAUUGUGCUAUGUUGCUUUGGACUUCGAACAAGAAAUGGCUACAGCCGCUGCCUCCACCUCCCUGGAGAAAUCUUAUGAACUUCCCGAUGGUCAAGUGAUCACCAUUGGUAAUGAACGUUUCCGUUGCCCAGAAUCCCUCUUCCAGCCUUCAUUCUUGGGUAUGGAAUCCAGCGGUAUCCACGAAACCGUCUACAACUCAAUCAUGAAGUGCGAUGUUGAUAUCCGUAAGGACUUGUACGCCAACAUUGUCAUGUCCGGUGGUACCACCAUGUACCCAGGUAUUGCUGAUCGUAUGCAAAAGGAAAUCACCGCCUUGGCUCCAUCCACCAUCAAGAUCAAGAUCAUUGCCCCACCAGAGCGUAAAUACUCCGUAUGGAUCGGUGGUUCCAUCUUGGCUUCCCUCUCCACCUUCCAACAGAUGUGGAUCUCCAAGGAAGAAUACGACGAAUCCGGCCCUGGCAUUGUCCACCGCAAGUGCUUCUAAGCAGUUACUGUUACCAGCUAGUAAUACGCUUUUACGUGUUCGCGCUGACGUGGCUAUUGCAUUGUUCGCCACAUUAUUGUGCCUGAUGAU